CUCUCCAGGGGGUAGUGGUGAUAAUCUAUCAGAGUCCCCCUGACACCCUCAACUCCACUCCUGCUGCACAACCAAAUUCCUACUGGAACAAAGUGGUUUGGGCAAUCUUGUUGCAGCCCAAACUCAGAGCUGUCUCCCCCAGGAAGAACGUUCCCAUCACCAUCACAGAGGAGGAAGCCAAGCCUCAGAGAGGUGAAGUCAUUUGCUCCCAAGAUCCCAUAGCCAAGUGGUGGCAAAGUCAGGCUCACCAGCUCGCCACAGGGCUGUGCUUGGACUCUGCAAUGGUUCAGCCCACCUGGACCAUACCACCCCCCCCUCCACUCCACCCUGCAAGGUGGAUCAACAUCCAGAUUUCUCUCUCACUCCAACCUGGGGACCCUUGUCUGAUAGAUGCCAUCGCCUGUGACAACCUGGUGACAUACACAGGCAAACUACCACUGACUUAUGGCCCCCCCAAACUUAGUGUUCUGCCCACAGAUCCAGAAACCUCAGCUGGCACUGCCCCCUUCAGGUCCCUACACGGGCACUGCCAAAUAGUAAUGUCUGUGAUGGUGAUGGAAACAUUCUGUAGCUCGCUAUCCAGUGUGAUAGCCACUGGUCACAGGGGAUAAUUGAUCACUUACUUGAAAGUGACCAGGUUGAGAAACUAAUUUUGAAGGCAUUGAAUUUUAAUUAACUUCAGGGUAUAUUUCAAUCACCUUAUGUGACGACUAGCUACAAUAUUGGCACAACCCUGGCCCCUCCGUUACUUAGAUCCUAUCCCAACACAGCUCAAAAUCCCAGUGGAUCCCUCCUUUCCAGCCUACUCCCAUCCCACUCGGCGCCCCCUCAGCCAGGAUUUUCAGCCUCCAUGCCUUGCAUAUGCUGUUAUAAUGCUUGGUAAACCUCACCCCAUUCCCACCCCACCACCUGCCUCAUUGCUACUCCUACUCCAGGUCUCUGUUCAGAUAUCUCCUUCUCCCUGCCCCUCAGGCUGAGUGAGGCACCUCUUUGGGCUCUCCCAGCCCCCUGGGCUCCUCCAUCCCAGUGCUGAUCACCCUGGAUCAUCAUUGCUUGGGGAUGGGUCUGCUCCCCCCAACACAGACACUGAACUGUGAGCCCCGCUGGGGACUGAGGACAAAGCAAGAGGUGUCUCAAUCACCACUGUGUCUGCAGCACCACUCAGCACAGUGCUGGGCACAGGGAGUGGGUGUUGGGAUGAAUGAAUGAAUGAAUGAAUGGCCACCUACUAGUAGACCUGAUUCCUUCCUUGAGCUUUAGUUUCCUCAUCUGUGAAAUGGGCAUAGUUAUGUGUGGUAGACGUUGGAUGAGGCAGUUGUGUUGGGCCUAUCUGCAGGGACCUGCCUGGCCCAGGGGGAUCAUUCAACCAGAGGACACUAGGACUCCUGUCGUACUCCUGUCGUGCUCCUGUUGUGCUCCUGUUGUGCUCCUAACGGGUCACACCUCACACUGGGUGGGAAGAAGAGGUUGAAGGGGAUUAAGGGAGGAGUCCACGGGGAAACCCCAGGAAGCUCCCCAGUCACCCUGAUAAACUGGUUCAACCAGUAUCUGCAGUCCAUCCCGGAGAGCACAAGUGAAGCCUCUGGAGCCUGUGGAAAGGGGGUACUGGGGUUCGGCCAGUUUCAGCAAUGUCUGGGAGGCACCCCAAAGAUUCCCACUGAGCUGGCCCACUUCGCACAGCCAGGGCCCAGCCGUCCAGCCCUGUCGGUGUCUGCAGUGGCCCUUUGGCACCUCCACAAGACACCAAGAUGGAGAUUCCUGAGUGGGCCCAGCACUACUUCUCAAAGGGCCUCCUGCUCUCAGCCUCAAUCCUGGCCCUCUGGAUCCCACGCUCUUGGGCUGCCCUACGCAUCCAGAAGAUUCCAGAGUAUCCUCAAAAGGACCAGGACCUUCUCCUGUCUGUCCAGGGCAUCCCAGGCAACUUUCAGGACUUCAACUGGUACCUGGGGGAGGAGACCAAUGGUGGCACGAUGUUAUUCACCUACUUCCCCGAUCUCCAGUGGCCCCAGAGGGACGGCAGUGCCAUGGGACAGCAUGACAUCGUUGGCUUCCCCAAUGGCUCCAUGAUGCUGCAUCGUGUCCAGCCCACCGACAGUGGCACCUACCAGGUAGCUGUCAACAUCAAUCCUGCCUGGAUCAUGAGGGCCAAGACUGAGGUCCAGGUGGCCGAAGAGCAUAAGGAGCUGCCCAUCAUACACCUGCCCGUGAGUGCUGGGAUCAUGGCUGCCAUCAUAAUUGGGUCCCUCUCUGCCGGGUCCCUCUUCAUCUGCUGCAUUGCCCAUCUCCUGUUAACAGGAGGCUGGAGGGGCCAGAGCCACAGGAUGACACCCACAGAGAAGCCAGAGGCGCGCCCCAACCUCAAUGCUGGUGACCAGCACAUCUAUGAGGUGAUGCCGUCUCCGACCCACCUGGUGUCUCCCCUCGGGGGCACAGCGUCCAUGAACAACACCAUGCCCCUGCCCCAGCAGCAGCCGGAGCCAGAGAACCACCCCUACCAGGACCUGCUGAACCCCGACCCUGACCCCUACUGCCAGCUCACGCCAACCCACUGAAGAGGUCCCAGGCCCCUGAAAGAACGAAAGCCUCAGCCCUCCCCUGAGGGCUUGGUGCCCACAGAAAAGCCACACCACAGACCCCACAGGACCAGGCCACCACACCUGUGGGGCCGACUCAAAUGAAGACUCAGUAUGGCAUCAGGCAGGGGGCAUGGGGGGGCAAGAGAUCAUGAUGGGCCCAGCUCCUCUCUGACCCUCUGAGUUUAUAACCUGCUCUCAGGGCUGGUCUGUCUAGCAACCUGGCCUGGGCCAUGUGCCUGGGAAAGGCAGGCUCUUGCCUUCUCCUAACCCAAGGAUCCUCACACACACUGGAUGUUUGGGGGUGCGGAGAGUGGACUCAGGCCUGCCUCAAGCCAGACCUCACAGGCUCCUACUUGCUGGGCUGCUGUUGGCCCACAACACCCCACUCCUGCUCCCUGGUUGUCCUAGGAGCUCCUUCUGCUGGGGUCAAGGCAGCCCCCGGACACACAGCCCCAAACAAUAAGGCAUAUGGCAGGGACGGCUGGCCUUCCAGGCCUGUGGCCCCCGAUGCAGAACUGGCCGGUUACCACAGCUGUCGGACCCCUUCCCUGCUCCGGCAGGGCCAAUCCAGUCCCUCUCGAGAUCUGGUCUCUCAGAACCUGUGGCCAGUUUCUGCCUAUUGCCUGGGACUCUGAAUCUUACCAAGGCCCUCAGGCAGCAGUUCUCUUCCCUACCCCCACCCAAAACCCCGGUCCCAAAUGUAAGCCCCAUCUG